CCAAGGAACAUCUCUUUUCGAGCCAUCCUCACAAUAUUCAACUUUGAAUCUCAUCUGUAGUACUACACACACUAUUACUAUGAAGACCUUCAUCGCCCUACUUGCUUUCAUCGCCGUAGCCGCAGCGGCACCCGGUCAAGGUGCGGGCGGAUUUCCAGGCACAGAUGGCACGCAAUUCAAUUUCGGCAACACGCCCACGGGCGGCGAGAACCCCAUUGGAGCUGGUGACCCCUACGGAGCUGGUGGAGCUAUGGGAGGCGGCGGCGGCAUGGGAGAUGGAACCUCUGGCAGUCUGGAUGGUCUUGGAGGAUCUAGCGUUGACAUGGGUCCCUCCGAUACCGGUGACACCAGCAGCGAUACCGGAAGUGAUGACGACGGCAGCAGCGAUGAUGACGGUAGCAGUGAUGACUCAUCAGAGGACAACAGCGGUGGCAACGGCAAUGGUCUCUCCAACCUUGGUGCCAUGAGCGUACAGCAGAAGAGCGGCAUGGCGUUUGGUAUCAUCUUUGCCGUCGGGGCCGUCGUAGCAGCCGCAGGUGUCGGAUACUUCGUCUACAGGAAACGUCAAAAUGGCGCCACCAUGCUUCAAAACGCAUAAGAACUACUCACGCGCAUUUAGAUUAAAAAACUCUUGCCGUCUUUUCCCCCUCUAAGAAACACUGCCAACCAGAGCUGCAGAUACGGCUUCAACGCUUGAUCAAAGACGACACUAUUCUCAAAUCCCCUGGUCGUCAAAAUCAGUAUCAGUU